UAGAAAAAGUGAUUCCAAAACAAAUCAAAUUAGUUGAGGUUAUAUUUUUCGUUACCUAGUUUAAUACAAAAGGAAUAAAUAAAAGUACUUUUAACACCUAAAAACAUGGCUAAGCAUCAUCCAGAUCUUAUUUUCUGUAGGAAGCAACCUGGUGUCGCUAUCGGUCGUUUAUGUGAAAAAUGCGACGGAAAAUGUGUUAUCUGCGAUUCAUAUGUGCGUCCUUGCACACUUGUUCGUAUUUGUGACGAAUGCAACUACGGCUCGUAUCAGGGGCGGUGUGUUAUUUGCGGAGGUCCCGGCGUCUCCGACGCGUACUACUGCAAAGAGUGCACUAUACAAGAAAAAGAUAGGGAUGGCUGUCCAAAGAUUGUAAACUUAGGCAGUUCAAAGACUGAUCUGUUUUAUGAAAGAAAAAAAUAUGGUUUCAGGAAACAUUAGCAGGCAUCUGCUCUGAAAGAUACAGUGAAUUGAGAAAUGUGACUGUGAUGUGUUCAGAUAAAUGGUCUUUUAUUUAUAAGAAUUUUUGACAACUGUUAAACUAAUGGAAAGUUCUGCAUUUUUGUUUUUCAAGUAAUUUAGCCUAAUUUAGGUUUCCGAUUUGUUUGUUUAAAAAAAAAAUAACUUUACAUGUCAACCACAAGUGUAACACUAUCCCUGUAAAUAAUUGAUUCUUAGUUUUAAGGCACUAAUAAAGUGAAAAUUAUUUCUGAAA